GGGAUCGACACAGGCCCAGGAAUACACUCUCGGCAACACAGACCCAGAAAACACUUUCUCCGUACGCGUAGCUACUCCUGAAUCGUUUCUAUCCGCUUUGACGAUUGACCAGAGCCGAAACACGUGUAUUGACAUUAGACCUUUUCUCAUCGUAUCUCUCCUUCUACCUCGCCCCGAACUGCACUUCAACCCAACCCAUCAUUCGAGCCCAUACUAUACGACCAGUCCGACCCAUCCCCCAUCCCACCGUCCCAACCACAUGUCCGAAUACUCGUUCUCCUACGAUGGCUAUCGCAAGUUCGUCGCCAACCAAGCACGCAUCGCGCGUUGGGCGGAGGAGACAGCGAGGGCAGUGGGUGGCGAGUAUGGUGUCCGGCCUGUACAUCAAGGAGAUAACUCGAGUACGACGGAGGACAGUAGCACGGCGGAUACUUCGAGCUCGACGACUCUCGAUGACAUGCGAGGGUCGCCCGAAACCCGAACGAGGCAACAUACGCACACACGAAUACGAGGCGGAAGUCUCUUACCACCCUCGGGACUAGCGCGCUCCCGCUCCACCGCCGCGACGCACCAACCGCCGCGCCCAACGGCCGCGUCGAGGCGCUCGUCGUCGAUGAUGGGAGGUGAGAUGGGAUACGGAGCGUGUAGAGCGACGUAUGGGAGUCAUGCGAUUAGAGGUCAGUUCCGUCUACUCUUCGAGCGAACGCAGAGACCUACCUCGCCUCCGCAGGAGUCACGGCUGGGAAUGAAGGCAUAGACCCGUGCCCCUUUCAGGUCGAGCCCGCUGAACGUGUUUUUCACGUCGAGACCGAGUCCGCGAGGCGCACGAGAGAGCGCGGACGGUCGCAGACGAGGCGGACAUCCGCCUCGUCGCCACACUCACGGACAUUGGUGCCGUCGUUCAGUCGGAAGGCGUCGCCACAU